UCCGUCCGGCAUGAAGCCGCCGCAGAGGCGGCGAACCGUCCCGGCGCGCUAUCUGGGCGAGGUGACCGGCCCCGCGGCCUGGAGCGCCCGUGAGAAGCGACAGCUACUGCGACUGCUGCAGGCGCGGCGGGGCCAGCCGGAGCCGGACGCCGCAGAGCUCGCCCGGGAGCUGCCCGGCCGGAGCAAGGUUGAGAUCCGGGACUUCCUCCAGCAGCUCAAGGGUCGUGUGGCCCGGGAGGCCAUUCGCAGGGUGCAUCCAGGUGGUGGUCCGAGGCGCCAGGAGGCACAGACCCCAGCCCCCAUAGAGGUAUGGAUGGAUCUGGCUGAGAAGAUAACAGGCCCGCUGGAGGAAGCCUUGACAGUGGCUUUUUCGCAGGUGCUCACCAUCGCGGCCACGGAACCACUCAGCCUCCUGCACUCCAAGCCCCCCAAGCCCACGCGGGCCCGAGGAAAACCACUACUCCUGAGCGUCCCGGGAGUGCAGGAAGACCCCACCUCUGAGGCUCCUGUCCCUGCCCCUGAGGCUCCUGGCCCCGCCCCUGAGGCUCCUGGCCCCGCCCCUGAGUCAUCUUCUGGGUCCCUGGCUGGCCCGUCCACUGAGGGAGACUUCACUGUGGACUUUGAGAAGAUAUACAAGUACCUGUCCUCCUUCUCUCGCAGUGGUCACGGCCCUGAGCUCUCAGCAGCUGAGUCGGCUGUGGUCCUUGACCUGCUCAUGUCGCUUCCCGAGGAGCUGCCCCACCUGCCCUGCACAGCCCUGGUGGAACAUAUGGCAGAAACAUACCGACACCUGACAGCCCCUGAGCCCAGCCCCGCUGGAGGGAACCCCGGGCCUGGGGCUGAGGGUGAUGGGACUGUUGCCAGGGGGCCAGAGGAGCCUGGCCAGGCCACUGCCCACUCCCCUGACAAGGCAGGGCCCAGCAAACUGGGAUCACCCUGGCAAGCAGCUGGGAUCUGCCCCCUGAACCCGUUCCUGGUGCCCCUGGAACUCCUGGGCAGGGCGGCCACCCCUGCUAGGUGAGGGGCAGUGGCCACACCAGACAUUCCAAUGGGGCCCUCAGUCCUGCUCGGCUGACACUGGCUCAUCCUGAAGAUCCGGUCAUGGUCCCUGAGACGGUACUCAGACGUGUGGGGUGACCCUCGAAGAUGUUCCAUACGUCAGGGGUCUCCAAAAUGGAACCCCAGUUUUAUAGGGGUUUGGUGGGGGCAGCUAGGUGGCUGGGUUAAUGGAGAAUGGGGGACAGGGGACUCCAUCCACAAGCACCCUGACCUCCUGGACAGGUGGACAGGCAGACAGACAGGUGGGGCUGGCCUCCGAGUUCCCCAAGCCCAGCUGUGCCUUGUUCUCUGCCGGGGGGGCCAUGGCUGGCACCACACACCAUAACCCCCCUUGCACAGGCCCCCCUUUGCCUGGGCUUCUGUGUUUUCUGCUGCCCCUCUCUUGCACCUCAGGGACCUGCAUUGCCUGGCUCUCUGCAACGGACCUGUCCCCAAUCCCCUCACCCCCGCCGCCAGCUCCCUGCCCCUUCUUGGGGGUAUCCCAUGAC